GGAAAGGUAUUUUGUACCAUAUUCCUCCUCCACUUGUUCCUGUUUUCUCAUUUCCACCAGCAAAGUUUCAAUUUAAUUUUACAUACAUUGGUUUGGUUGAGUUUCAAAUAGUGACGGAAAUAAAACUUUGUUCUAAAAUAGUGUUUGAUGAAGCUGAAGAUUCCUGA